CUUUAGGUCGGGAGUCAGGGCGAGGAGACCGAGGUACUACACUCAGCAUGUCCGACGCCGAGGCGCAGAGCGCUCCACCUGCGGCCCCAGAGGAAGACAAGCCACAAGCAGAAAGAAAAGUCUUAGCCACCUUGGUGCAAGGGAGAGUGAAGUGGUUCAAUGUACGUAAUGGAUAUGGCUUCAUAAACAGGAAUGAUACCAAGGAAGAUGUUUUUGUUCAUCAGACUGCAAUCAAGAAAAACAACCCGAGAAAGUUCCUGCGGAGUGUUGGCGAUGGUGAGGUGGUCGAGUUUGAUGUCAUCGAAGCUGUCAAGGGUUCGGAAGCAGCCAACGUGACUGGCCCCGGCGGGGUGCCCGUUAAGGGCAGUCGAUACGCGCCCAACAAGCGGCGUUUCCGGCGGCGGUUCUUCCCGCGGCCCGACGACAAGGCCGCAGACGGCCGGCCCGUAGGCGACGACGAGGAGGGGCAUGCGGAGAACGGCAGACCCCAGCAGCGCCGCCAAAGGACUCCCCGACCGCGUCCGGAGCCGCAAAACGGUGAAGCUGGCGAGCCAAAAGCCACAGGAGAAGAUCAAGCACAAUCAAGACCACCACCACGACGUCGGUUCUGGCGGCCAUAUCGGCGUCCGUUCCGUCCGCGGCCUGCUUCGGAUCAGCCGAAGGCGGAAGAUAAGCAGCGGCGGGCUAGCGCGCCCGAGGACCAACCGGAAUCAUCCGAAAACGACGGCGGUGGCGGCGACGGGCCGAAGCAGCGGCGCCAGUCCGGCCGCCGCCGGCAGAGGAACUCUGAGUCAUCUGUCUCCAAAAACGGUACUGAGAAGUCUGCCUCGGAAACCGGUACCCCUCCUCAGACAUCCAAGGUGGAUGUGCAAGUCAAAUCCCAGAAGGGCUCCCUUCAAAGUUCACCCAAAUCGCCAGAGCAAGCCGCUGACACAACUGUCCCGGCGCCGACUGAGUGACGUCCCCGAGCGGACAGUCGUGGGACCCUCGAAGUGGUGCAGAUGAAUCUUUUAGUUCAGUGUUAAAUGUUAGCAGGCCAAAUGGUAACAUUUUAUCCAGUUUCA